UGUACCUCCCUUGAGGGGGAAGGAAGGUGAAUCAUAUCCAGACAGGAUCCCAGCUCAGUCAAUACCCACACACAAACUUUGCUAAAACAGCACUAAGGUUGCAAAGUCAAGAUUUCGGCACUAACGCUCGCUGAGCGCCGGGUGCAUGCGUGCGUGCCACCAGCCCUGUUUCGGGAGGGCCCUGCGGCGGUGUGCCAGCCCUCGCACCACUCACCAGCGGGAUUUGGACCUCGAAGCUCACCACCCAGAUCCCCGCCGCGGACCUCGUGGAGUGAGGGAUGCCUGCACAGACUGUCUGUAGGCCAGGAGGGGAGAGGGGUUGAGACACGGGCACCCCAAGGGCUUUCCCAUGCCUUCGCCCGCAGCAGCCGCAUGGAGGUUCGGAGAUCUGCGGUCCCAGCUGAGGAGGGUACUCUUGUCCUUGGAUGAGAAUUUAGUGUUGCUCUUAAAUCCUGUUUGGAUGGACUUCCAGCAAGCCCCAGACAGCCGACAGCUUGGUUGCACAGCAUGUGAGAUAGGACCAUUUGGUACGUGGUGCAUGGAGCAGGCAUGGGGAGAAGCUACUGCUUCGGACAAGGUCUCACGUGUGGUGGGCAGGUUUCCAAAGCAGCCCACCCCUCCCCUGCUCUCCUGGGCUGGGAAGACGCAGGUAACCUGCUUUGUUGCCCCACUCCACAGAGCCCCGAGUCCAGCCACAUUGCCCACCUUCACGGCCCAGCCGCUGCAGCAUGUUCAGGCAGCCCCUCUUGGCUCUCAAGACCCAGCAAGCACAAUGCCAAAUCGGCAGAGGUUGGCAGCACCCAGAGGCAAUGCCCAGGGCUGGGAGGAAGGUGGGAGACCUGGGGUAGAGGAAGCGAUGGUGGCCCCAAAAAUGCAGUUCGAUGCCAUGCCUAUGGAGAUCCUGGCAGCAGCUGUGCUCGCUAGCAGGCCAAGGGAUGGCCAUGCUGGUCAGCAAGCUGAGCUGUGUCCUGUGCUGUCCUGAGCACCAAUGCAGUUGGAUGCUAAAUGUUCAUGAUCGUUGGACCCGAAGCUUUACCCUGGAUUGCGCCCUGAGAAGAAACUCAACUCCCUCUCUGAGUCUUUCUCUCUCAGGUGUACUGUAUAUCAAGUUACAUCUAUGCAGAGAUUGCUUAGGACAUUAGAGACAGGCAAGAGAAGCUGUAAGUAAAGAAAAAUUAUCAAAGAGAAGUUAAAAAAAUAUCAAAUAUCCCACAGCAGUCUGAAGUAAUUGCUCGGCUGCUAUAAAAGGUGAAAUUAAACAGGUCUAUUUGUAAAGCUGUGUCAUUUUAUGCCAGAUAAAGGAGGUAGCUUCUCAUCUGCUAGACUAUUUCAUCAUUUGCUUUUCCAAGAAUCCAUCUCUCUGCUAGUAAUGAUGUCAAAUAAAUCUUCACUAAAAUGUAAAAAUGUUUAUGAUUAUACUUACUGACCUGUUCCUUUAUUAAAUGAGGACAAUAGGAUGAUGCCCUGAUAUUUGCUAAUGGGUUAUUCUCAUCUAACCUUUUCUUGUUCAUCCAGAUCAUCUGUUUUCAUUUCAUCAAACAAUAGUUGCCAAUAAAAUCAAGUCAAUUAAA